GGGAGGGCUGGUCCUGCGCUCCUGUCUAGCAAACCGCUACCCCCUUCCAACAGAUUUACACGAUUAUCACCAUCCGACUCAUUUAGAAGGAGCUGUAGGCUAAAUUGCCUUUAACGCCGUGCCUGCCUAUACAAGUAUGUAUCCAACUGGAGGGAUAUCUGCAAGUAUAUACGCCAACAGGCUGCGGGCAGAAGGCAUGGGCUCCAAGGAGCAGGCUGUGCUCUUCUCCAACCAGGACUAUGAGGCACUGAAACAGCAAUGUGUGGAGACAGGCUGCGUGUUUGAAGACCCCUGUUUCCCCGCAGAGCCUCAAUCCCUGGGCUUCAAGGAGCUCGCACCCUACUCCUCCAAAACUAGAGAUGUGGAGUGGAUGAGGCCCACGGAACUGACAGAUGACCCUCAGUUCAUUGUGGGUGGUGCCACCAGAACGGACAUCUGUCAGGGAGCGCUGGGUGACUGCUGGCUAUUAGCAGCCAUUGGCUCCCUCACCUUGAAUGAGAGGCUUCUUCAUCGGGUUGUCCCACAUGGGCAAUCCUUCCAAGAUGACUAUGCUGGAAUCUUCCACUUUCAGUUCUGGCAGUUUGGCGACUGGGUAGAUGUUGUGAUAGAUGACAGACUGCCUGUCAAAGACGGGGAGCUGAUGUUUGUCCACUCUGCUGAGGGCAAUGAAUUCUGGAGUGCACUCCUGGAGAAGGCUUAUGCUAAGCUGAAUGGCUCCUAUGAGGCUCUGUCUGGAGGAAGCACCACUGAGGGGUUCGAAGACUUCACAGGUGGUGUGUCUGAGAUGUACGAGCUCCGCAAAGCUCCCAGAGAUCUGUACAGGAUAAUCGGCAAAGCUCUGGAGAGAGGCUCUCUGCUGGGCUGCUCUAUUGAUAUCACCAGUGCCUUCGACAUGGAGGCUGUUACAUUCAAGAAGCUUGUGAAGGGCCACGCCUACUCUGUCACUGGAUUGAAGGAGGUCAAUUUCCGCGGAAACAUGGAACGCCUAAUCCGAAUACGUAACCCUUGGGGCCAGGUGGAGUGGACUGGUGCCUGGAGUGACAAUUCCCCUGAAUGGGAUGAGAUUGACCCUUCGGAACGAGAAGACCUGCAUCUUAAGAUGGAAGACGGGGAGUUUUGGAUGUCCUUCAAUGAUUUCAAAAGGCAGUUUUCUCGGCUGGAGAUCUGUAACUUGACUCCUGACGCUCUGAGUGAGGAGAGCCUCAGCCACUGGAACUAUAUGAAGUUCUACGGCACGUGGAGGAGAGGCAGCACCGCUGGAGGCUGCAGGAACCAUCCCAACACAUUCUGGAUCAACCCUCAGUAUAAGAUCACGUUGCUGGAGGAAGAUGAUGACCCGGAGGACGAUGAAGUGGCAUGCAGUUUUUUAGUAGCUCUCAUGCAGAAGGACCGCCGCAGAUAUCGCCGCCGUGGGGAGGACAUGCACACCAUUGGCUUUGCUAUCUAUGAGAUUCCAGAGGAGUACAGAGGGUGCCAGAAUGUCCAUUUGAAGAAAAAUUUCUUUUUGACCAAUUCCUCGUGCGCUCGCUCAGAGACCUUCAUUAACCUGCGAGAGGUGAGCACGCGGCUUCGUCUGCCUCCAGGAGAGUACCUCAUCGUCCCCUCCACUUUUGAGCCCAGUAAGGAGGCUGACUUUGUCCUCAGAGUCUUCACUGAGAAGCAAUCAGAAACAGAAGAACUGGAUGAUGAAAUCUCUGCCGAUUUAGGAGAUGAAGAGGAAAUAACUGAAGAUGACAUUGAUGACUCUUUUAAAUCCAUGUUCGCUCAGCUAGCAGGAGAGGACAUGGAGAUUUCUAUUCGCGAGCUUAGGACCAUCCUAAACAGAGUCGUCACCCGGCACAAAGAUCUGAAGACUGAUGGCUUCAGUAUGGAAUCAUGUAGGACCAUGGUCAACCUGAUGGAUAAAGAUGGUAGUGCCCGUUUAGGGCUGGUGGAAUUUCAGAUCCUCUGGAACAAGAUCCGAAACUGGCUGGUCAUUUUUAGACAGUUUGACUUGGACAAGUCAGGGGCCAUGAGCUCUUAUGAGAUGCGUCUUGCUGUGGAAGCAGCAGGUUUUAAACUGAACAACAGACUGAACCAGAUUCUGGUAGCCCGGUAUGCAGAGAAUGAGAUGGUUGACUUUGACAACUUCAUCUGCUGCUUGGUCAAGCUUGAAGCCAUGUUUAGGUACUUCCAGCAGUUCGACAAGGAGGGGUCAGGGGUGGCUGAGAUGAAUAUCACAGAGUGGCUGUACCUCACAAUGUGUGGUUGAAGAGGACCGUCUUCACUGGAGGAUAGAGAGAAAAGGUACAGUGCCUGCAGACUGCCUUGAACCUGGAGCUCUCAGCCUUAGUGACCCUUUAACACAUCCCACCUCGGCAUACCUAAUGUAGCCAAAGAGCUGUAUAACUGACAACUAAGCCAAGUGUCUCCUGGACAAAUAUGAGAAACUAUGCAGACCUACAGUAUGAUAUACUGUGCUACAUAAAUCAAUGUGUAAAAACAGCAUGAGCCUCUGCAUGACAAAUCACUAGCUGUAAUGUGCAUUGUGAGGUACUUAUAUUUUGUUUGAAUGUCAGCUGAUUUACUUACAGUAAUUUCCCUGUUCUAAUUUCACAAUCGCAGUAAAAACUGUUUCCUUAAGGAACACUAAACAUAAGAAAUCUGUCUUGUAGUUUCUCUUAAUCAUUCUACAUAUUCCUGUUUUUUAGAACAGGAAAUUCAAUCAGUGUUGCAUUUUCACCUGUAGAUGGCAGUAUGACCUAAUGUCAAUGUUUUUUUUUGCAUUUGACACUGAGGUUUAGCCUGUUUUUAUAUAUUAUACCAAUCUUUUUUUUUUUUUUUUUUUUAGAAGUCAAGCAGCUGACCUAUGUUUAGUUUUACUUGAUUGUUUUUAUUUUGCACUGUGAUUGUCGAUUAAGGAAGAUGCCUCACAUUAGUGAGAAAAACCGUAUGUAAGUCCACUGAAGUGACAUAUACUGGGAUCACAUGAUACUGAAUGCCUUAUACCUGACACCAUGUUGUUAAACAUAUUUAAAAAGUGUCAUUCACCUGUUUAGUGUUAAUGUAUGUUGUGCCUUCAAUAAAUAUUUCCCUCAUGGUU